AGGAGGAUCUCGCGGGUAGCACGAGAAGUCGUCAGCUGUCACGCGGGGAGUUCACUUGCAAAUAUACCUGCUGAGGAUGCUGCCGGGGACGGGGUUGUAUGAGCGAAUGAUGCGUUUCUGACCACUGCCAGGUGAAAGAAGACAGAUCUGAGUGUUUGCAGGAAUGAACAAGCACAAAGAAACAGAUCAAACUGGUGAGCAGGAGGAAGUGACAGAACUGGUUUGUCAGGAAUCCGACCUCCAAGAUGGACAAAUGAGAGAAGUUGCUGUGGGGGAUCAGAAGGUGUUACUGGUCCGUACCCGGGGUCAGUACAACGCUGUUGGAAGCAAGUGCUCUCAUUACAAUGCCCCCCUGAUUAAAGGAGCACUGGUUGGUGAGAGGGUGAGAUGUCCCUUUCAUGGCGCCUGCUUUAAUGUGAGAACUGGAGAUAUAGAGGAGUAUCCUGGUUUGGACUCUCUACCCAGUUAUAAGGUCAAGAUUGAGGAUGGCAAUGUUUACGUUUCCAUCAAUAAAAAGUCUCUGUCUCAGUCCAAGAGGGUGAAGGAGAUGUGCACGAUUCAACCAGACACCAAAGAUACCAUUGUACUUGUAGGAGGAGGCCCUGCCUCUCUGGUUUGUGCUGAGACACUUCGACAAAAUUGCUACCAGGGACGCAUUAUCAUCAUAACCAAAGACAGCUUGGCUCCUUUUGACAAAACAAAACUGAGUAAGGCUUUGAAUGUGGACAGCAGCAGCAUUCUCCUCCGGACAAGUGACUUCUAUCAGCAAUAUGGGAUAGAGGUGCUGACACAAAAGGAGGUGGUGUCUGUGAACCCGGCUGACAAGCUGGUGAAGAUGAGUGAUGGCGUCUCGCAGCAUUAUGACCAGCUCCUCAUCUCAACAGGCUGCAGAGCACGGCCGCUCAGCUGUCCUGGUUCAGAUUUGAAGGGAGUGCAGUUGCUUCAGAGUUAUGAAGAUGCUAAAGAGAUUUACUCCUCCUCCCUCGGCAAGAAGGCUGUUGUAAUUGGAGCAUCAUUCAUAGGUAUGGAGGUGGCAUCAUACCUGUCAGACAAAGCUGCCAGUGUGGCUUUGGUUGGCACUACCAAUUACCCAUAUGAGAAGUCUCUCGGACCUGAGAUUGGCAAGAUGAGUAUGCAAAUGUUGGCAGAACAAAAUGUCAAGUUUUACAUGAAUAAUGCUGUGACUGAGAUCAGAGGAGAGAAUGGCAAGGUGAAGGAGGUGGUGUUAAAAAGUGGUGCAGUCCUGGAAGCUGAUGUGGUGAUUGCUGGAAUUGGUGUUAUACCCAAUUCAGACUUCUUAACAGGAAGUAACGUUGCAGUGGAUUCAAGGAAGGCCGUCAUUGUUGACAAGUUCAUGAGGACCAAUGUUCCAGACAUUUUCAGUGCAGGAGACGUUGCGUCCUUCCCUCUCACCAUUCGUGGUGACCAGCGGGUCAACAUUGGUCACUGGCAAAUGUCACAAGCUCACGGAAGAGUAGCAGCUCUUAACAUGCUAAAGAAGCCAACCACAAUUGAGUCUGUCCCUUUCUUUUGGACUGCUUUGCUGGGAAAGAGUUUCAGAUACACAGGCUAUGGGGAAGGAUACACUGAAAUCAUAUUCAAAGGCAAUGUGGAAGAAAGGAAAUUUCUGGCUUUCUACAUAAAGGAUGAUGUGGUGGUAGCUGUGGCCAGCCUGAUGUUUGAUCCUGUUGUGGCUCAGGUUGCAGAGCUGAUGGCGCAGGGCAAGACCUUUACUAAAGCACAGGCUCAAGCUGAUGACCUGAGCUGGCUGCAGAUGUAAUUGGAUGCUUCCAGGAGCAGAACUGCUCAGUGACGGACCAUGUCGCCUCUCUAUUGUUUUCUCUAUCUGUUUAUUAGAUAGUACCUAAUUGGAUUGUUCCAUUUAUUGGCUCAGGGCCUCUGGAAAACCGAUUAAACUUCAUGUCCUUUUUUACUCCACAGUGCUGUAACCAUGGUAGCAUACAAAGCUUUAUUGAUUUUUCUCUUUGUUCACUCUCAAUAAUCAGAUCUCGCUGUUUUGAGUGGAGUGGACUUAGAGUGUGUGUUUAUUUAAACUUUAAAUUAGAUAUUUGAAGUGGUUAACCAUCACAAGGAGUGUAUGCACAUGUUUUCUUUGAGUUCUAAGAAUCCAGACAAUCCAGUCUGCCAAAUUAAAACUUAAAUGUCAUGAUUACUAGAAAGAUGUGAGUCAGAGUAGAUACCAACCACUUCCAUGGUUGGAAGUGGUAAAUCCAAGUUUGAAUUCUUUCAUAAUUAUGAAACACUUAUAGAUUUUGGUCAAUUUUUUUGGCCUUAACCACCAGACAAAAAGACCACAACCAUCUGAAUUUUCAUUUAUUUUCUGAUCCUUCAGAUUCUUGCUCCAAACAAAUCAGCAUGUUGAAAUUAACACAUUUGGGUAUAAAAUAAUUCAAACAUUUGUUUCAUGAAAAACGUAUGAUUUAAUGAGUGAUGUAAAAGCUGA